UCGUAGCCUACUCCGAACACUUGACGAACGUCAGCCAGUAGACAAUGGUGUCGUCGCAGAGUGCAAAUUGAGGGCGAGAAAAGUGCUUUCCCAUCGCAAUGAAUAUAUGGUAAUCUCUUUCAAGCGUGUGGGGACGGGAAGGAAGAAGCAGCCGUGCGGUAUGCCGAAUUGCUCGAUUUGUGGGAUGUUCUGGCGUGAGUAUCUCGAUUUCACCUCAGCUAAAGCGUCAAUGAAACUCGUGGACGCUGGAUGGUCGUGAGGAUACUGUGCUGACGAGAAGCAGAGAUGUUUAUCGAUGAUAUAGAGCGAAGAAUGCCGUCUCUUGUGAAUGAGAAGGUUCACAGCACUUGCAUACCAGCUUUGACCGAUGUGCCAUCGCCGCCGAGAUCGACUUCUUCGAGGUCGACAGAAUUUACUGAGCUGUCUGAGAUUUCACAGGAGUUAUUGGGCCAGCAUAUCGAGCCUGGACUCACGGCGUAUCUAGCGAUUGCUCCCAAUGCCAGUCGAGAGCAGUCUUCCUACCCAUAUUCUUCGGGUAGUUCUGUCUCGACUUUGACAGAGUUCACGGACGAGGGAAGAACGCAUCAUCUGCCCAGCUCACCAACCCCAGGCUCGUCGUCGAGAUUGACUGACUUCAUAGAAGCGUCAAAGUCUCUCAGGUCAUCAAGUCCAUUCGGGUGCUCAACAAUAUCUUCCUUGACAGAACUCACCGAGUACGAUGAUAAACCUGCCUCCGAACAGCUUGCUAGCCCAGACGCAAUAUCCAUCUGCUCCACGUCAACAUUCACGGAGUUCUCCUCGCUCGAUACAACGCCUCCGAGUAGCGUCUUCUUUUCAACUCCGACUUCUCCCACCACAACAACAAAAACAUCUGUAUGUGACUUGAGCCAACGCAGAGUCAAGCCACGAACACACAAGAACAUGAUCAGGAUGUUCGAUGGCUCAGAGUGGCUCCCACCAACUCUCGAGCGCGUACAAGCUUACAUCAGCACUCAAGGCCAGAGAAGACUUGCGAGAUCUGCAAGAGCAGUUGUGACGCAGAAAGUUGGACAAGGGUCGAAGGCCGCAGCAGGGUACGAGAGCGCUAUCUUGAAAAUCGAUUUCAGAGUUGCGAGAGUGAGUGGAGGGCAAGGACAGUCAGAAACAGAUUGUGGACGAUCUAAGAGCAGAACUUAGAAGGCUUUUGUGUUGGUCAAGGCGGGAAAAUCGAUCAUCUUGAGCCUGUCAACUCAUGAAUUCAUUCUCUGACUUCGCUUCGCUGGAUGUACCAAGUUUUC